GAUGUGGAGAAAGAGAAGGAAACUCACAAUUACCUCAGUAAAGAGGAAAUCAAAGAGAAAGUUCAUAAGUACAAUUUAGCCGUCACAGACAAGUUAAAGAUGACCUUGAAUUCAAAUGGGAUUUAUACUGGCUUCAUUAAAGUGCAGAUGGAACUCUGCAAACCUCCACAGACUUCUCCCAGCCUGGGGAAACUUGCUCCUAGUAGCAACGGCUGUGUGAACACUCUUCAUAUCAGUAGCACAAACACCGUCGGAGAAGUGAUCGAGGCCUUGCUCAAAAAGUUUCUUGUCGCUGAGAGCCCGGCCAAGUUUGCACUUUAUAAGCGUUGUCACAGGGAAGACCAAGUCUACGCCUGCAAGCUGUCAGACCGGGAACAUCCUCUCUACCUGCGUUUGGUAGCAGGACCCAGAACCGACACACUUAGUUUUGUUCUUCGUGAACAUGAAAUUGGAGAGUGGGAAGCAUUCAGCCUUCCAGAACUGCAGAAUUUCCUACGUAUCUUGGACAAGGAAGAAGAUGAGCAGCUGCAGAACCUGAAGAGGCGUUACACAGCCUACAGACACAAGCUGGAGGAAGCCCUCAGUGAGAUUUAGUUCCCAACACCUGGUCACGCAGCGUCCUGCACCUUACCCAUCCCACGUGAGGGACUCUGCAAGCUCGUUCUGUUACAGCAUGGCGGUGUUACCUCUUGCAAGCUGUGAACCUGUAAUUGGCAGGAGCAUUCUAGAGUGCUUGGAAGCAUGGACUCUGGGUUGAUUUUUUUUCCCUUAUUUUCUUGUAGUUAUUUUAAGUAUGUGAUGACAAUGUUAAGCUUAAGGAUGUGCAGACAAGUUUUUAAAAACUUAACAAGGAAUCUCUCUGAAUACUUGUCCUAUGUUGAAACUACCUGUCUGUGUUUUGUUUUCUAACUGUCAGGGGGAGUCUAUCUAUGUGAACUGAAAGGCACAGGAAUGUAGGAACCCUGGGGAAUUUGGGAAGGAUUUUGUAGGGGUCUGACAAAGAAAGUAAAGAGAAAGUUUGGAAGAAGGCCUGUGGGAAGGUAAGAGCUGAGGGUUGAGGCAGGUGGCCUGCCUGGUAAGUUAGUGAUAGAAGAUUGGGUGAUAGAGGAGAAAGGUGUUUUUGCUUGUAAAUGAGUUAAAAGCAUUCACAGUUGAGAUGUUAAAGCCAGUUUAGGAUUGUUUGAUUUCCUGAUGGGUAGACUGUGGGGUCAGAGCCAAAGACUUACGGGAACUAAACCCAAAGAAGGGACCCAUGAACUCUGCAGUCAAUCAGAGAGUCAGAAGGGGAGGAAUCUUACAAACCUGGAUGGAGGGGCCUUUGGUGGGCCUCAUGUAGCUGGAUCAGACUCCUCCAAGAAUCAGAACCCCCUGAUUCUGCCCUCUUGAGCGGGUGGUCUUAUUGGUAUAGCUUCCGUGUAGACGGGGCCUGACCAUUUGCUGACUCUUGUUAAGUUACAUGGUCUCUCCCCGAAGAUGUGUUUUCCAAGUUUUCCCUUCAGUUUACCAAGUACAGAGCUCACAGCAAACUUGUGACAAUCAUUCUUCUCUUUUAUUCCAUCCUUCCUUUUCCUUGUCCCUUGUCUUCUCAUUUUUUUUUUCCUUUCCUUCCCUUUUCCUCCCUUCCCUCCCCCUAUUCCUGUCCCCCUCCUUUUCUGUUAGAAGUUGAAGUCCCUUCUCACAUGAUAGAGAACAGGGAUAAAAUACCCUCUACUACCACACCCUCAGUUCUAAGGGACUUGAUUGUGAGCAGAGGCCCCAAGAGAGGAGGAAGAGCCACGCCCAGCAGGCUGCACAUCAGGCAUUCAUUAUGGAAAUAUUUUAACACAAGUACGUGUUCCUUUCCAACCAAAGAAGUGCGUGUGCAACAGCAGCCUUCCUUCAAACAGGCGCAUAACCUCAUUUUCUUCAGCAAUUUAUCAAUCUGAGGACAGGGGGAAGGGAAUGCUAUGGUUCUAGAGCGGCCUUGCAGUCUAUUUUUAGUCUAGGUUUUUUGUUUAUAAAUUCCCAAGGAAUUGUUCACACUCUGGUGACACCUAAUGGAUUCUUUUUGAAAUUCCAAGGUGCUUCAGUUCUUUGCCUCUAAAGCAAUUUGUGCUUUGUGUGUGUGUGUGUGUGUGUGUGUUGUACUGGGGUUUGAACUCAGGGCCUACACCUUGAGCCACUCCUCCAGCUCCCCCUUUUUCUUUUUGU